AUGGCCCGCCUGACGGAGAGCGAGGCGCGCCGGCAGCAGCAGCAGCUCCUGCAGCCGCGGCCCUCGCCCGUGGGCAGCAGCGGGCCCGAGCCCCCCGGGGGGCAGCCCGACGGCAUGAAGGACCUGGACGCCAUCAAGCUCUUCGUGGGCCAGAUCCCGCGCAACCUGGACGAGAAGGACCUCAAGCCGCUCUUCGAGCAGUUCGGCCGCAUCUACGAGCUCACGGUGCUCAAAGACCCCUACACGGGCAUGCACAAAGGCUGUGCCUUUCUCACCUAUUGUGCCAGGGACUCCGCCAUCAAAGCUCAGACUGCCCUGCACGAACAGAAGACCUUGCCCGGGAUGGCGCGGCCGAUCCAGGUGAAGCCGGCGGACAGCGAAAGCCGCGGAGGUAGAGACCGGAAGCUGUUCGUGGGGAUGCUGAACAAGCAGCAGUCAGAGGAGGACGUGCUGCGGCUCUUCCAGCCCUUCGGGGUCAUCGACGAGUGCACCGUGCUGCGCGGGCCUGACGGCAGCAGCAAAGGCUGUGCCUUUGUGAAGUUCUCCUCGCACACCGAGGCCCAGGCGGCCAUCCAUGCCCUGCAUGGCAGCCAGACCAUGCCGGGUGCCUCCUCCAGCCUGGUGGUCAAGUUUGCCGACACGGACAAGGAGCGAACACUGCGGCGCAUGCAGCAGAUGGUGGGCCAGCUGGGCAUCCUGACGCCAUCCCUCACCCUGCCCUUCAGCCCCUACAGUGCCUACGCCCAGGCUCUCAUGCAGCAGCAGACAACGGUCCUGUCCACGUCGGGCAGCUACCUGAGCCCUGGCGUGGCCUUCUCACCCUGCCACAUCCAGCAGAUUGGCGCCGUCAGCCUUAACGGGCUGCCUGCCACGCCCAUCGCCCCCGCCUCUGGACUGCACUCACCCCCGCUGCUUGGCACCACUGCCGUGCCCGGGCUCGUGGCUCCCAUCACCAAUGGCUUCGCAGGUGUUGUGCCCUUCCCUGGGGGGCACCCUGCCCUAGAGACCGUAUAUGCCAAUGGCCUUGUGCCCUACCCAGCUCAGAGCCCGACCGUGGCCGAGACCCUCCAUCCCGCCUUCUCCGGAGUCCAGCAGUACACAGCCAUGUACCCCACCGCGGCCAUCACGCCCAUCGCGCACAGCGUCCCCCAGCCGCCGCCCCUCCUGCAGCAGCAGCAGCGAGAAGGUCCCGAAGGCUGUAACCUGUUUAUCUACCACCUCCCCCAGGAGUUUGGAGACACGGAGCUGACGCAGAUGUUCCUGCCGUUCGGCAAUAUCAUCUCAUCCAAGGUGUUUAUGGAUCGGGCCACCAACCAGAGCAAAUGUUUUGGCUUCGUGAGCUUUGACAACCCGGCCAGCGCGCAGACCGCCAUCCAGGCCAUGAACGGCUUUCAGAUCGGCAUGAAGAGGCUCAAAGUGCAGCUGAAGCGGCCCAAAGACCCGGGACACCCCUACUGACCGCGCCCACAGCCGCCCGGAGGCUGCGGGCCUGGCCCAGGUGAGGGGGCCUCCCCACCCCAGGAGGGCUUCCCGCUUCCAACCGAUCCCGGACUUUCCCGUAAAUUACAACCGAGUUUGGACACCAGCCCUCCCUCUCCUGUCCCACCUCCCCUUGCCCCCCACCCCCUAAUGUGAAUGGGCAGGGGGGUGUCGUGGUCCGCCCCAGCGCUGGAAGGGGGGCGGGCUCCUGAGUCGGAGGCCAAGGGCUUCACCGCCCCCUCCUUGGUGGCUUCCCCCAAACUAAAUCUCAACGUUUCCUAUAUAUAUAUAUGCAUAUAUAUAUAGAGCUAUAGACAGUAUAUAUAUUUUUUGAGUGUAGAUCAUGGGACCAAACUUUUCCGACUUCCUUCCGUCCAAGAGAAGGUGACCCUGGCCCGGUCACUCAGCAGGGACAUAAGAAGGGCUGAGGAUGACCGGGCAGCCCAGUGUCUCCCCAUCUCCCGCUGUCAUGUCAGACCAGGGCACCGAAAAGCACUGGGAAUCAUCAGCCAACGCGAUAUACCUCCAGGACUUUGGGCCCCUGCCGUCGACGGUUCUCGCAGGCCUCAGCGAGCUCGAGUGUCCCUGGUCUUAGCAGCAGCUCCCGGAACCCCCAACCCCUCCCACGCCCCAGGGCCCUGCCUUCCCCAACGAUGUAGGCACAAGAGAGACCCCCGCCCCGGCCUCCCCCCAUCAUAGCCUUACUCAUGUGACCAAUAGCCCUUAGCUUUCCGUCAGGGGCAGACAGGGUCGGGGGAGCCCCCCCCCAACCCCUCGUGCCCCCUCCCAAGGGCAGGCAGCCACCCUCCCUGCCUUCGGAUCACCAGCCUGGAGUUCACGAUCUCAUGACCAAGAUUGCCAAGCGCGUUGGACGAGCCCAACCUGCACAGCACCCCUUUACCAGAGAUACCUCUACAAAUGAUUUUUUUUUUCUUAAUUUUGGUCUUUCUGAGCAGAUACAAAGAAGAAAAGAGAAAAAAAAUGGGGAAAAAAAUCAGACGACAGUGGAUUUUUGUUUCCUAGUUGGGGCGGGGAGGGAGGUCUUGCGGGGCGUCUCUGUAUAGCUACUCAAACCGUGAAAACCCACCUUGAAGCACAGAGUCAAGUUCGUGGACGUCAUUGGGGCCUCUUGCCAAGUGAGGCGCCAGAGAAAUUAAUAAGCUCAAGAAAAGAAAAAAAAAUUUGUAAAGAAAAAAAAAAAACAGCAUUCCCUUUUGUUUCUACCAAAAUGUGUUGACUGACCUAGAAAAAAAAAAAAAAAAAAACACAUAGCAAAAAAAAAAAAAAAAAAAAAGGAAAAGAAAAAAAAAAUCUUAUGACCAACUUGUUUCGAUAUUCCAGAGUUUGAUAAUUGUUCCGAGACACUCUAGCGUGCCUGUGUCCCGUGCGUCUGCGUGUGCAAGCACGUGCCCAGGGGCCCCGAGGGGGCCUCGUCCGCGUCCCCGGCACCUGCCAAGCCCCCGCCGGGCCUGCUUGGGAGUGCGUGCUGGCGUGCAGUGGCGUGUGUCCUUCUGGUCCAUGUUUACUGGCUGUAAAUACCAUUUUUAUACUCCACAUCGAAGACCUACGUGAUUUGUACGAUGUACUUUAUUUCUGCUACGAGUAAUUUCAUGAAGUUUCAACUUGCAAACCGACUUUUGGAGACAAACCGCCACACACACACACACACACACACACACACACACACCUCUACACAUAACACACAAACACACACAGAAAAGGAAGACAAGAAAGGGACUUCGAGGGAACUUUGGGUUGGCGUGGUUUGGAUUUCUGGCUGGAGAGGUCCUUGUCACUGUGGCGUGUUCAGGUGAGAAGCUGCGAGCAUCAUCUUAAUGUCCAAACGCCUCUCUUUGGUCUGGAGAAACUGAAAGUUUAUUUAA